UCAAAGAUCUACUGACGAUUGGAAAAUAUGUCACUGCAGAUGGUAACAGUCGGUAAUAAUAUCUCCUUAAUUCAACCAGGCUUCUCACUGAUGAAUUUUGAUGGGCAAGUUUUCUUCUUUGGCCAGAAAGGCUGGCCGAAGAGAUCCUGCCCCACUGGGGUUUUCCAUUUUGAUGUGAAGCAUAACCAUCUCAGACUGAAGCCUGCAGUUUUCUCUAAAGAUUCCUGCUACCUUCCACCUCUUCGCUACCCUGCUACUUGCACAUUCAAAGGCAGCGUGGAGUCUGAGAAGUACGAAUAUAUUAUCCAUGGGGGCAAAACACCAAACAAUGAGCUUUCGGAUAAGAUUUAUAUCAUGUCUGUUGUUUGCAAGAACAACAAAAAAGUUACCUUCCGCUGCACAGAGAAAGACUUGGUAGGAGAUGUUCCUGAAGCCAGAUACGGUCAUUCCAUUGAUGUGGUGUACAGUCGAGGGAAAAGGAUGGGAGUGCUCUUUGGGGGACGAUCAUACAUGGCUCCUACCCAAAGAACCACAGAAAAGUGGAAUAGUGUCACUGAUUGUUUGCCCCAUGUUUUCUUGGUGGAUUUUGAAUUCGGGUGUGCUACAUCAUACGUUCUUCCAGAACUUCAGGAUGGACUAUCUUUUCAUGUCUCUAUUGCCAAAAAUGAUACCGUUUAUAUUUUAGGAGGACAUUCCCUUGCCAGUGACAUCCGCCCUACCAACCUGUACAGAAUAAGGGUUGACCUCCCCUUGGGCAGCCCAGCUGUGAACUGCUCACUCUUGCCAGGAGGAAUCUCUGUGUCCAGUGCAAUCCUGACUCAAACUAACAAUGAUGAAUUUGUUAUUGUUGGUGGCUAUCAGCUUGAAAAUCAAAAGAGAAUGGUCUGCCACACUGUCUCUUUAGAAGACAACGACAUCAAAAUCUGUGAGAUGGAAACCCCAGAUUGGACCCCAGAUAUUAAGCACAGCAAGAUAUGGUUUGGAAGUAGCAUGGGGAAUGGAACUGUUUUCCUUGGCAUACCAGGAGACAAUAAACAAGCUGUUUCUGAGGCAUUCUAUUUUUAUAUGUUGAAAUGCUCUGAAGAUGGUAUGAAUGAAGAUCAGAAAACAUUGGCAAAUAGUCAGACAUCAACAGAAGAUCCAGGUGACUCUACGCCCUUGGAAGAUUCAGAAGAAUUUUGUUUCAGUGCAGAAGCAAAUAGUUUUGAUGGUGACGAUGAAUUUGAUACCUAUAACGAAGAGGAUGAAGAAGAUGAGUCUGUGACAGGCUACUGGAUAACAUGCUGCCCUACCUGUGACGUGGAUAUCAACACUUGGGUACCUUUCUAUUCAACUGAGCUCAACAAACCUGCCAUGAUUUACUGUUCUCAUGGAGAUGGGCACUGGGUCCAUGCCCAGUGCAUGGAUCUAGCAGAACGCACACUCAUCCAUCUGUCAGAAGGGAGCAACAAGUAUUACUGCAACGAGCAUGUGGAGAUAGCAAGAUCACUACAAACUCCAAAAAGAGUCCUACCCUUUAAAAAGCCUCCAAUGAAACCCAUCCGCAAAAGAGGCUCUGGGAAAGUCUUGACUCCUGCCAAAAAAUCUUUUCUUAGAAGACUGUUUGAUUAG